UACGUGGUCAGUUUGUGAUCAAUUCCCCCUUGGAGGCCGGAAACUUUGUGCGCGCUACAAACCACCACAGACAUCAGUUAUUUCGCAUAGGUCCAAAUCUCUAAGGAUCAUCGAUACAUAGCUUUCACAAUCAUCGAAUCAUAGUAAUGCUUUUACGGAUUAAGGUAUGAUCUUACCUGAUACGUAGUAGACUUGAAAGGUUGACGUUGAUGAAAAUGAAGACAGAAGACUGAGAAGAUUUGGUAAGAACGGUAGUUGAAUUGAUCGUUCAAUUGACCGCGUGGUAGCCUAGUUCUGAGGAUUGCCAUUGUUCUCUUCCCGCCACAAAUUUCAAGCUGCUUAUUGGUUCAAAGAUUCGUAUCCAGUUUUUGUCAGUCACAUUCUGGACUUGGUUGCUAUGCUGUUUGCGGGUCUGCGUUUUUUCUAAAAGCGUGGACACGGAACGAUUCUGGCUACAAAAAGUGGAGAUUUCAAGCUUAAGGUGAGCCUUCGCGUUCAACUCUUUGGCGAAGAAAGAAACUUAAACAAAAAAUUCAAAGCAACGAAGAAGAGGAGUUGUGUGACAAUGAAAUAUUACAACAACAACAGGAUUCCCAAGAUCAAGAUGCAUGUAAACAUGGACGCGGCACCACAUCAAAGCUACAAAGCGGCACAGAAGUUGGUGAAAUAAUGCAGGCGAUUCAAAGUGACAGAAGUUUUUCUAGCUUCUCGGACCACUUUUGUCUUAAUGACAAUGUUUCCUUAAUUUCUGAAAAUGCUGCUGAUCACAAGUUCGAUGAAUUUGUCAACUUGAUGCAAGAUAUACCAGCUAAUGAAGAAUUUCCUGAAGAGAGCAACACUGUGCAUGAAGAAAUCCCGGAUACCUACUUGUAUGCAGAACAACUAGCCAGUUUAAUUGAGGAAAUAGAAGUGGAAAAAGUGGCAAUGGGUGUUGAAGAAACAGAAGAUGAAAGCACAGAACUUGAAUUGUUGUAUGAAGAUAGCAGAAUUACAGUUGGAAAAAGUUUAGCUCUUAUCAUGGCAUUUAUUAUGCGACACAAACUGUCCAUGGUUGCCUCUAAUGAUCUCAUCAGCCUCCUUGAGUUGCACUGUCCCAAGGAAAAUAAUGCAGUGAAAGGAUUGAGCCAAUUCAAAGAAUACUUCCAAUAUCUCAAGCAUCCUAUGAAAAAGCACUUUUGUUGCCCCAGUCCAAAGUGUCAAGUCUAUGUAUCUGUUGGUAAACCAAAGGAUGGUGAUGUUUGUAGGAUAUGUAGUGGACCACUAUCAGAGAAGUCCUUUUUCAUUGAGCUUCCAGUAGAAGACCAGCUGCAAACUAUUUUGUCACGUCCAGGUCAACUUGAAAAAUUAAAGUACAGGUUUAAAAGAGAAACUACUGAUGGCAGUUCAAUCAAAGAUGUUUAUGAUGGUGAGCUGUACAAGAUGUUUUCAGGACCUGGUGGUUUCUUAGCAAGUGCAACCAACAUUUCACUCCUUGGAAACACUGAUGGAGUUGCACUUAUUCGAUCAUCAAGUUAUGGAGUAUGGCCGGUUUUUCUAGUGAUAAAUGAACUUUCCCCUCUUCAGAGGUUCAGCAGGAUGAAUCGAAUUUUUGCUGGACUUUGCUUUGGUAAAGGAAAACCCCAUUUUCCAACAUUCUUACAGCCAUUUGCUCUUUCUCUGAGGGCCCUAUAUAAUCCAAGAUUGCAGGUGUCAGUGGGGGAUGGAGAUGUGGUCAAUGUUAGAGGUAUACUGCUUGAUGUGACACUGGAUUCUCCAGCAAAGGCCUUGUGGCUGCAGAUGAAGCAGUUUAAUGGCUACUGUGGGUGCUCUAAAUGUAAAGAGAAAGGGUGUCAGCAUGUCAUUGGCAUUGAAAAGAAGGGCAGAAACAGACAGUGCCACAUAUACCCCUACAAUGCUUCCUCAAGCAGUGGUCAUGGUGAGGUCAGAAGGCAUGGUGAGGUCAGAAGGCAUGAUGAGUUCAAAGAGCAGGCCAUCCAGGUGAUGAGGAAGAAGAAGGAAGGUGCCAAAACAAAUUAUGAUAAAGAGGGAGUUCUUGGUUUAUCCUGGGCAUUUGGAAUUCCUACAUUUGACAUCAUCCGUGGCACUGCCAUUGAUUACAUGCAUUGUGUAUGUGAAGGUGUAGUGGAGCAGUUGUUAAAUAGCUGGUUUUCUCAGGACAACAAGGACAAGCUCUUUUUCAUUGGGAACAGAAUUGAAGAAGUUGACAAAGAAUUCCUUUCCAUUCAACCUAUAAGUGAGGUAACCAGAACACCAAGAAGUAUUGUGGAUAAGAAAGAUUGGAAAGCAUCAGAAAAAAAGAAUUUUUUGCUGUUCUAUGCUGUGCCACUUCUUCUGAAGUACCUUCCAGAUGUGUAUGCUCUUCAUCUAAUGCUUUUAGUCGGAGGAAUAUACAGACUGCUAAAAGAAACCAUCUCUCUUGAUGAAAGAGAAAGCUCUGCUUCAUGUCUGAAGUUGUUUUGUGCACAGGCUUCUACUCUCUGUGGUAUGUAAUGUCACAGUUAAGUUGCU